GGAGCAAAGGUAGCUGGGGAGGAAGAGCAGGGACCGUGGUGCCCUGCAGUGGGGUCCGCUCCCCGCACCCCCGGCCGGGCUUUCCGCACCAGCACCCUGGAUUUUAUCCGGCUGCGAGGCCAUGGAGGUGCCCAGGACUGAGGUUGGCAUUUUCCCGGCUGUCAUCCCAUGGAUCUCUCUGGCUGUCACCUGGGGUAGAGCUGGGUGACAAGGACAAGCCAACCCGUCUGUCCACCAGGGAAGGAGCUCCCUGCGCUGGGAACCAGCUCGUCUCCGGAGGAGGCUGAUGCAGGGGACCUGCUGAAUGAAGCGGAGACAAGCCAGAGGGUGAGCAACCCCCCAGGCUCUGCAUGGAUUGGAAUGGGGAAACCUGCCUGCAGUAAGAGCCCAGGGCAGCAGGAAAACCCCAGCUUCUUCCUUCGAGCUCUCUUCCUCCUCCUCUUCUGCAGGCAUGUUUCUUCCCAGUGCAAGAUCCUGCGCUGCAACUCGGAGUACGUGGCUGCCACCCUCAACCUGCGCGGCUCCAACAGGAACGCGGCGUACUGCAACGCCCUCCGCUCCUACUCCCACUGCACCCGCAAGACGGCUCGCACAUGCCGGGGCGACCUGGCCUACCACUCCGCCGUCCACGGCAUCGAGGACCUCAUGAUCCAGAACAACUGCUCCAAGGAGGGUCCCACAUCGCCGCCCCGACCCCGGCCCCCGGCCCCCAACCAUCAGGGCUUCGAGUCUCUCGAUAUCUGCAACUACGAGAAGAGUUUUCUCUACAAGCACGGCCAGCCCCCCAGCUACCAGCACUGCGCGGCUUUCGGGGACCCCCAUAUCCGCACUUUCCAUGAUGACUUCCACACUUGCCGAGUGGAGGGCUCCUGGCCUCUCUUGGACAAUGACUACUUGUUUGUGCAAGCAACCAGCUCUCCGGUGGCGAAGGGGUCCAACGCUACGGUCACUAGCAAGCUCACCAUCAUCUUCAAGAACAUGAAGGAAUGCAUCGACCAGAAGGUCUACCAGGCUGAGAUAGACAGCCUCCCGGCAGCCUUCGAGGACGGCUCGGUGAACGGGGGCGAGAGGCCGGGCGGGAGCAGCUUGGCUAUCCGGGAGCGCAGCCCUGGGCGGCACGUGGAGAUCCGUGCGGAGUACAUCGGCACCACCAUCGCCGUCCGUCAGGCCGGCCGCCAGCUCUCCUUCUCCAUCCGGGCAGCCGAGGAGGUGGCGCGCGCCUUCACGGAGGAGCAAGACCUGCAGCUUUGCGUGGGCGGCUGCCCCCGCAGCCAGCGCAUCUCCCGCAGCGAGUGCUGCCGCGGCCGCGUGGCGGCGGAGACGGCUCGGGCGCUCUGCAAGGAGAUGCUGCCCGUGGAGGACGUCUACUUCCAGUCAUGCGUCUUCGAUGUGGUGACCUCGGGGGAUGCCAACUUCACCAUGGCGGCUCACGGCGCCCUGGAGGAUGCCAGGGUCUUCCUUCCCAACGCUGAGAAACUGCACAUCUUCCAGGCUGGGGCAGGCUGCCCGCGCAUCUCUUCUUCCUUCCUCCUCCUCCUCCUCCUCCUCACCUCUGGUCUUCGGGCUGUUUUGUUGCACUUUUAACUCUCGCUGGCAUUGCAUACAGCAGAGGGGACACAUCCAGCCAGUCCAAGAGAACUGCUGACUCAAGACCCAUGCCGUGCGGAUCAAGAGGGAUGCCUUACCUGGGAUCACGUCUCUCUGCAGCAAUAAAGAAUCGGAGACCCAGACCUUUGGAGAGGGGACCACUGGAGCUGAAAGGCGGUGAGACGCUGGCUUGCAUCCGCUGUUCUUGCACGUACGGCACCGGUUGAACCUGGUUCCUCUCCCGAAGGCAGAUCACGGGUUUUUCUGUUGGAUUGUGAUGCAAUUUUUUUUUUCUAAAGAUGAGGACGUUGCAGCCCUAUCAAAGAAAAAGAAACACACGGGGUGAAGACACGUUUAGAAAACCUCUCUGCCCCUCAAAGCCUUUCCAUAAACUUGCUUCACACCUUUCUUCCAGUGUCACUACAGCAGAGUUUUACUCAGGAACCCUACAGAUUCAGAAAUAAUGGGCCCAAAGCCCAGACCCCAAUUUUUAGAAGUCAAAAAUGUUGUCUGGUGGAUUUGGGGCCCCUUCACCCAGCUGCUACCAAAGCAAUGCGAGAGUGAAGCAAGGCAGUAAGUUGGUUAUCGGAGUGCCGUGACGAAGGUUUGAGAUUUUUGAGCUAGAAAUCACCCAUUUGGUACUGUGUUCUCCUCGCUCUGGAUUAGUAACGUGCUAAUUUCCAGCGUCGGGAGCUGCAGAGCGUCAGGUCUCUGGCAUUUCAGGCUACCGUUGCUAUUUUUCCUUGUUGUCUUGGCACCUGUCUAGGACUCAAUAUAGCCAGUUCUGGACUUUGGACCAGCGUUGAGUUUCAGUGAGGAAAAAUACCCCUUGGCAUUCCCCUCCCUUGGGCCCAACUUUCUCCGUCGCUGCCACAACCCCGUUCAAAUCCAACCCAGACUGUGGGUUUGACGUGCAAAAGAGAGUUAGUAAUGGAGACGCGGAGCUGGCAAAAAGCCAUGCGGCUGUAUCGAUGGGCAGGGGAACGACUAGCAGAUGUACAUACAUCGAGAGGUGAGGCCAAAUUAGAUGUUUAAUAUAUUUAAGAGGUUUUAAGUAAAGCAGAUAGAGUAUAUGAUAAGAAAUAUUUUCCAUAUGCAAAGACUUUUUUUUUAAUAAAGAGGGCUCACAUUAAAAACUUUGCCGUUCCUGUCCCGUGGAGCCGUAAGAAGAGCCUUGCAAAGCCCUAGCCUUGUGGAGGCAAAGAAUUAAGCUGGCAGACGCGGGCAGGAUUUGGGCAUGCCGCUCGGGGAAGGAGAACGGCAGACCAUCCAGGUACGGAGGAUCUGUCGAGCUGUAAAGGGAGGUUUUACAAUUCACGUUUCAGUAUAUCUGCAGUCUCUUUGGUCAGGUUUGUGGGUUUUUUUUCCCUCUGGUUCUUCUGCCGAGGGCACAAAGAGUAAAUACAGAAAUGUUUCUUCGAUAUCUCAGCAUAUUUCCUCCUCCGACACGCGCUCAAAGCACACGGUGACUAGCGUGAGAGUUUCUCUGUUUCUUGCAUGGUGCUCUCGCUAAUCCCAGAAGGUUUUGACAUUAAAGGUGUCUAUUUUUGAAGUCCUCA